GCCGGUUCAGUCCCCGGUUGGCAUCUGACAUCAGUAAAUGCCAACUCCACCGUCCGGAAAUGGCGCGUACUGGCAUGUGCCAUUCGCUAAGUGGGACAAAGCAAUAACUGGCAACGAGUGGCGCUCGCUGCUCACGCCGCUCUGUUCGUGGCAUUCGCCGUUGGCACCUGUCACUCGGAAACGGCACCAAUCCGAGCCCCUUCGGAGGGUACUCGUUUGAGAAAGUCAGCCACCCAGGAGCCGCCCACAGCACAUGGCUUUACUGUCGACAUUGAUCCAGUGAAGUUGUAGGAUGAACACUGUAAAGGUGGCAGUUAUUGGAGCAGGUGUGAUUGGGCUGUCUACAGCAGUGUGUCUAGCUGAGGCUCUCCCAUACUGCUCUGUGAAAAUACUGGCUGAGAAGUUCUCUCCAGACACCACUAGUGAUGGAGCUGCUGGGAUCCUUAUGCCUAAAGUGUUUCCAGAUAUCCCUGUGGAGCGCCAGCGGCGUUGGUUCAAAGAGACGUUUGCUCAUCUGCAGUCAAUUGUUGAAUCACCUGAAGCCCCAGAAGCAGGAGUGUACUUGAGCUCAGGAUACCACAUAUUCAAAGAAGUGCCUACUGAUCCAAAUCCCUACUGGACUGAUUUUGUGUUUGGAUUCCGCACCAUGACAGUUCAUGAGAUGAAGAGAUUCCCAAAACAUAACUUUGGCCAAGCUUUCACAACAAUAAAAUGUGAGUGUUCCAGAUACCUGCCAUGGCUGGAGAAAAGGUUUAGGAAAGCUGGUGGUCAGAUUAAAUGUGAGAAGGUGACUGACCUUCAGCAGCUCAUCCCACACUAUGAUGUCAUUGUGAACUGCUCAGGACUUGGUUCACAUCACUUGGUGGGAGAUGAAGGGGUCUACCCAGUGCGAGGGCAGAUUCUCAAGGUUCAUGCUACUUGGCUGAAGAACUUCAUUCGGGAUGGAGAUGGAAAGACCUACAUCUACCCUGGCAUUGACCAUGUCACUCUAGGGGGUACUCGGCAGAAGGAUGACUGGAGGCUGGAGGUGGAUAAAGGAGACAGCGAGGGCAUCAUGGAGCGCUGCAGUCAGUUGGAGCCGUCAUUGCAGAAGGCUCAGGUGUUAGAGGAGUGGGUGGGUCUCAGGCCUGGCAGGAGGAACCUGUGUGUGGAGAGGGAGUGGCUGCAGGCUCAGGACCACCAGGUGCUACUGGUGCAUAACUAUGGCCAUGGUGGCUGUGGUAUUAGUCUGAGCUGGGGCUCCGCACUAGAUGUAGUUGGGUUGGUGAGGAAGAGUCUGCAUGAGAAGCCACUUCGCGCAAAACUGUAAAUGCACUAGUAGUUCUGCAUAUUAGUCUCUAAUGUCAUUACUAUGCAAUGACCGGUUAUGUAAUUUUCCAUUUGUCUUCUUAAGGGCCUUCAUAGUUUAAUGGUUUUAGCCACAUAGUGAUUUAUGUUGAGAAAACUAUGAAGGUAGAGAGAGGAGAAAAAAAUAAACUUCACUGUUUAUGGUGGCAUUAAAAUAAUGAGUUGCUAUUUUAACAUUUUGAUAUAGUUUUGUGCAAUAGUGACUUAUUUUCUUGUGUUUAUCUCAGAAUAAUGAAUUGUUUUAUUGUGACAGAAUUUUGAUGUAUAUGUCUAAAAAUACUGAUUUAGUUAUCUCCAAUUAAUUAUCUAAUUAAUUAUUUAUUGUCUCAGGAUUCUGACAUAGUAUCUCAGGGUAAUGACUUAAUUUAUCGAAAUAGUAUCUCAAUAAUGACUUACUUCUUCAAAAUUUUGAUUUCCCUUUAGAUUUGAAGGUAUUAAGAUGAACUUGAUAUUUUCAUUGUUAUUUCAACAUAGCAAAGUCAUAGUAUAACAUGAUAACAAGAAAUUGUGAGCAAAGUCUUUUGAAUUAGAAUCAGAAAGUCAGAAACAGAGAAAGUGAAUAAAGAUGUAGGCACAUUUUUUUUCUCCUGUACCUGUCUGGAAUAGGCUGAAAUAGAAAAAGACCAUUUUUUCAAACUAUGUAUUUCUGGUUUGUUUUAUAUUGAGCUGUAUAUUUUUACAAUAUAAAUUUACAAUCACAUUAACAUACUAAUUACAUAUUAUCAUCCAUAUUUGUUGUACAUACAUUUUUAUUUAACUUUUUUGUAGUAGUACAGUCCUUAACAAACUUGACUCAGCAUAAAUAUCAAUGUUAUAAUAAAUUGGUACACACAGUUAUGUGUAUUCUCAAUCUUAAUUUCCAAAUACAAAUCAUUAUUGGAAAGAGCUUUUAAGC